AGUGCGGGCGCAGUUUGUACCGUGGUUUCGGUUGAGCAUUCUUGGCAACGUCUCGCUCGGAGAACAGGCUGCAGACUGAGGUGAACCAACGACUGUUUCCCCCCCGACGUCCAGAGAGUUGUGAUUAACGGACUAACAGGACACACCAGAGCGGGUUUUAGACUAAAGUACAGAGCUUCCUCUGCCUGCACAGUCUCACCAAACCUUUCACCAAUUGCUUUGCCUGCACAGCUGAAAGAAGAAAAGAAAACUGAGAAUAAUCCUAAAGGAAGAGGAUCCAGACUUUUUCCAUCAUGCACUACUGAAUUUUCUCCAUCUCCCCACUAAAAGCAAUGUUUCUGGGAGCUAGAGGCCACAGCAGAGUGUGUGUGGGGCCCCUUCCUAGUGCCCCUCCUGAGAUGGGAUGCCAGAAGCCUUCCCACCGGCCCUGAGCUCUCCCGGGGCAUCAUGAACACCUACAGAGACAGGGGGGUGACCUGCGUCUCCUCAGACCUUCUGGACGGAGGCGGAGGGUUACCCCAAAACGCUCCACUUCGUCACACCCCCAAUGGCCACCCCACAGAACCAGUGGCACAACCUCGCAUCUCUGUGCCCAAAAUGGGUGUUCGUGCACGGAUUGCCGAAUGGCCUCCUCGUCGCGCGCAGUCCCGGGAGUCGCUGCUCGAAAACGGGCAAAACGGGAGCAAUCACUACGACGACUGCUCCGUCUCUUCGUCGGUUUUGUCAUCCGACGGCAGGCUGGUGCGAGGAGGGGUCGCCAGGCUGCCCCGCAGAUGGUCGAAGGAUGUGGAGUUCAGAGGCGGAGGGUUUGUCGGUGACAGAGGUUCGCCUCUCAGUCUGAGAGUCUUCCCACCACUGAGACAGCGCUCCAACAGUGAAGUAACGCUCAGCGAACAGGAUGAAAAUGAGGUGGAGGCUCGAGGUGGUGGUGGGUUUGGAAACCGAUUCCGAGUGUACGGCAGCACCUCUUCCAUCGACAUCCAAGGCAUUCCCGAGCAAGGCUUCUUUGAAAUGCUCAGCCAGUUCCAGCAGGAGAGGCCUGACCAGCGCAGCUUGGCUCCCGCACAACUUGGAGAGCUGCUGCGAGUUCCAGACCCGUCGUCAAAGACGCCUUUCCCCGCCGCUCCCACGGGUGGGGACGACAAAGGAACGGGGAGGAAGGACGGUACGGAGAGAGCGAGGAAGAAAAGUGGUGGGACGGAGUCUGCGCUGGGUACUUCCUCUCUGUUCAGGAAGCUUCGGAGCUCCAGUCGGGGGGAGCUGGACGGAGGAAAGGGAGAGGCUAACGAGGACAGGGGAGGCAGAGGCUCUACAGAUGCCUCCUAUAAACCCUGGGUGUGUCCAAAGAGCUUUGUCCACUUUGAUGCUCAGAGCGUCUUGUUCGACCUCCACGAGGCAGCAGCUCAGCGCAGCUUUUCCACCCAGCGGAGGAACACCGCCACCGGAGCAUCGGCCGCUUCGUCCUUGUCUGGCUCCAGAUUGUCAGCUCCGAACCUGAACGACCCCAUUUACUCGAGCAUCGAGGAUCUGACCCUUAACCUCGAUCAGAGCUCCACAGCCCCCUCCCAACCCGCGGACCCUCUGGAUGGGCCUGCAGUGCACUCUUCAAGCCCGCUGCUCCUCUCCUGUCCCCACUUCCUCAAUGAGAUAGGCGGGCACAGGGAGAGAAACGUGAGCUUCCUCAGCUCCUCAGCAGAACGAGGAGAUGGAGAUGGAGGAAGAGGGUGGCUGAGGAAGAGUAAUGCCAGUAUAUCUGUGCUGGAGAUCCCGAUUGAAGAGCAGGAGAUGAGGCUGGAAAGACUGAAACUAUACGGCAUAGAGCAUGUAGACCAGGGGGCUCGCUACUACAGAGACUACUUCCAUGGGAAAGAGCACUCCAACUACUUCGGGACGGACGAUAAACUGGGCCCCGUGGCCGUGAGCAUUCGCAGGGAGAAAGUGGAGGAUACCAAAGACCACAAAGACCAGUACCAGUACCGCAUAAUCGUCAGGACCAGUGAGCUCGUGACCCUGCGUGGCUCCAUCUUGGAAGACGCGGUGGCGUCGACAGGGAAACACGGCACUGUCCGAGGCCUUCCGCUCAAAGACGUACUGGAGCAGGUCGUCCCUGAGCUCAGCGUCUCUUGUCUGAGGCUGGCGCUCAGCACGGCCAAAGUCACAGAACAGCUCCUCAAACUGGACGAACAGGGGCUGAGUCACAAGCACAAAGUGGGUGUUCUGCUGUGUCGUGCGGGCCAGAGUACAGAGGAGGAGAUGUACAACAACGAGGAGGCGUCGUCUGCCUUUUCUGCCUUCAUGGAGCUGCUGGGGGAGCAGGUGCUCCUCAAGGGAUUCUCGAAAUACGCUGCCCAGCUCGACACAAAGACCGACUCGACAGGCACCCACUCCCUCUACACCACCUACCAGGGCUAUGAGGUGAUGUUCCACGUGUCCACCAUGCUGCCAUACAUGCCCAACAACCCGCAGCAGCUCCUGAGAAAGAGGCACAUAGGUAACGACAUUGUCACCAUAAUCUUUCAAGAGCCAGGAGCGCAGCCUUUCACCCCUCAGAACAUCAGGUCCCACUUCCAGCACGUCUUUGUUAUUGUUCGGGUGCACAACCCCUGCUCUGACGGCACCUACUACAGUGUUGCUGUAACACGGAUGGAGGACGUUCCCUCCUUUGGACCACCCAUCCCCAGCGGAGUCGCCUUUCGUGACCCGGAGAACUUUCGUAACUUCCUCCUCGCCAAAGUCAUUAACGCGGAAAACGCUGCGCACAAGUCCGAUAAGUUCCACACCAUGGCGACGCGGACUCGGCAGGAGUACCUCCGGGACCUGGCGGAGAACUACGUCAGCAGCACGCCCCUGGACUCGGCUGGGAAACUGAACAACCUCAUCUCCCUGGCGUCUAAGAAACGCGAACGCACGAAAGCGAGGGAGCGAGCGGAACUGGACGCAGACGGGGCCGUCGCCUGGAGAGUCCAGGCCCAGGACUUCAGCGGAGGGGCAGCGGAGCUAACCUGCGCCUUGGGAAUAUCAAAGGAAUACGUGGUCCUCGUCGACUGCUCCACCAAAGAGGUGGUGUUCAAUUGUUUCUGUAAUGACGUGAUCGGCUGGACGCUAGAGCGGCUGGCGUUGAAGAUCUUCUACGGGAGAGGAGACCACAUUGCGGUCAGAGUACCAGAAGGUUAUGGACACGACGUCACAGAGAUGGUGCAGAGGUUAAAGAUGUUGACAGACGGGUGUGAGACGGUGGACAUGACGCUGAGAAGAAACGGACUGGGACAGCUGGGCUUUCACGUCCGUCUGGACGGCACCGUCUCCGAGGUGGAGGAGUACGGCUUCGCCUGGCAGGCGGGUCUGAGGCAGGGCAGCCGCCUGGUGGAGAUCUGCAAGGUGGCCGCCGUGACGCUCACUCACGAGCAGAUGCUCGACCUGCUGAGGACGUCGGUCACCGUCAAAGUGGUCAUCAUUCCUCCGUACGAAGAGGGCAAGCCUCGCAGGGGCUGCACAGAGGAGUACGAGAUGAAGACCAUGGAGCAGAAGCCUGAGCCUGAGCCUCUGGCAGCCGGAUACCGACCUUCUCUCCACCAAACGUGGCGAUGGGAGAGCUCACCCAUUCCUGCGGGGCUCAUGAAUGCUCCCAACCUGCCUCGCUGGGGACCCAUGGGCCCCCCGCCUCCUCCUCUGGUCCGCUCACACAAACCCCUGAUGCCAGUCCCCUACAGAGAGCCACAGCACUUCAACUCCAAGAGGCCUGUAAGUUACCCAGAGAACCACUACAACCUGUCUCCUGCAGGAGGCGACAGAGUCCUGCCCUACAGAAACCCCUCUUCCAGCUUCUCGUCACCCUCCACGGGGCUGGUCGCCCUCUCCGUCUUGGGCUCUCCUGGAAUGACUCCAGGAUCUUUCGUACGCUACAAGCCGUCACCCGACAGGUUUGGAUCAGUACAGCGCCCCCUGCUGCCCUAUGAACCCCACUUCAGUGUGGACAUCACUUCUAGUGGAGAGUCUUCGUCAGGGUUCAUCAGUCAGGAGAGCACAAUGGAGCGCUGCAAAACAGAGCCCCUCUGGCAUGUCCCAGCAUCAUCGUCUCGAGGACCAGGUGGCGGAGGGGGGCAGAGGAGAAUAACCAGACAGGAUGUCCCGGCCAAAGACUCUCCAAACAGACACUCAAAGGGCGAGGCUCAGUACUCCAGCCACUCCAGCAGCAACACGUUGUCCAGCAACGCGUCCAGCAGCCACAGCGACGAGCGCUGGUUUGACGGCGGACCUGGAGGGGAGCGGGUAGGCGCCGGCUUUCUCGGCGACCCGGUCGAUCCGGACCCGGACCUUCUCAACCAGGGGGGCUCCAAUGACAGCGGCAUCGACGCCUCCACGCACUACAACAGCGGUCACCGCGGACACAAGACCAGCAGCCAGUCUCACAAACCCAUGCACCCCUCGGCGACCUACAGCGGCUUCCCGGAGCUGUCCGUGGGAAGGAGCAGCAACGGCGGAGAGUCGAGGAGACGGGAGUCCUCGCCCAUCAUGCCAGGCGCUGCCAAUCAGAACAAGGGGUACCCAACCAAAACAUUCCCGCCUCCCAGCUCCAGCGCUGAAAAAAUGGACGCUUUCAAACCAAGGGCCUUCACACCACAGGGCUUCAAGACGCCGACAGCGGAGAAAGCGCGGCCCGUCCGAGCUUCUACGACGACGCCCACCUCGGGUCAGAUGGGCUCCAUCCCUUUGUCUAGCUCUGCCCCCAAGGAGUUUUACGGGAAGGGCAAAUCGAGAAGUCGUCAGACAGAGGAGACCAGUGCAUCAUCUUCAAACACGACCAACACUUCCAAUUCUGAGAGCAACAACAAGAACAGGCAGGUGGACACGAAUUCAAAGAACGUGUUUGGGCAGCCUCGGCUCCGGGCGUCGCUGAGAGACCUCCGGUCUCCCCGUCGGACGUACAAGAGCACCAUCGAAGACGACCUGAAGAAACUGAUCAUCAUGGACAACCCCGGAGAGACGUCACCCUCCGACCCGUCUCCCAGGCACACCCUGCAGCGCACCUUUUCGGACGAGUCCCUGUGCAGCGGGCGCAGAGACGCCGCCUUCGCCUGCUCCGAGAACCAAACCACCUCCAGCGACGUGCUGUUCACCUGCACACUGCCCACACGCAAACAUUCGAGCUCCUCCAACAACUCUAACCACUCGCAUAGCAAGAAGAUGCCGCUGUCCGCGUCAGAGUUGUCCCUGACAGAAGUGAGAGACAAAGUUCCUCCUCUAAGGAGGCUCGACCCGGGGCUGAUGCCGCUGCCCGACACGGCCAGUGGACUGGAGUGGUCCAGCCUGGUCAACGCCGCAAAAGCCUUUGAAGCACAAAGAACCGUCUCCCUGUUCUCACUGGUCGAGCCGCAGCUUGGAGGUCCGGAAGCGAGACCAACCGCCAGUCCGGUUCAGUUCAACACUCCUCAGACGCCGCGGACCACACCGACGUUCAGCGGAGAUGAGGUGCCCAAUGACCUGUCGGGUCGGCUCUACCAGCUUGAGGUGAUGCUAAAACAGCUGAACAAUGAUCUGGAGAAGGAGAAGCAGGAUAAAGUCGUCCUGCUGGCAGAGAUGGCGAACCUGAGAGAAAACAACCAGCGGCUGCAGGUGGAGAGUCUAACGGCCAGCGAACAGCUGCGCAAGUUCAACGUGCUUUUCACCAACCUCAAGACCGGAAGUGACCAUGAGACUCAGCCUGUGACGCAGGACGCCAGCUCCCAACGGGAGUGACGGGCCGGAACCAGGCGGGAGGGGCGCAGGCGGGUAUAUUCAGCUACUCAGUGGGACUGCCUUAAACCAGAGAGCGUGAGAACGGACCACCUGGACUUGUAACAUGCAGCGCUCCCAGAGAGCCUGCACCUGUGUGUACUCUGAGCCCUUUUAUUUUUCUAAACUGAAGUGAAAACAUCUCAUUGGAUUCGUGAUGCUACUAUGCCGGAGGAGCAAGCAGGAGAAGACUGUUUUAGAGAACACUACGUCACCAGGAGAGGCCUAAUACUGUUUCUGCAGCAAAUCAGCCAAAAAAAAAAAAGAGAGACUGCAUCUCCCAGAAUGCACUACACAUUGUGGAAGCUCUACAGCAGUGGUGCCCAAAGUCGGUCCUCAAGGGCCGACAUCCUGCAUGUUUUAGUUCUCUCCCUGGUUUAACGCACCUGGACCAAAUGAAGGCUCAAUAGAAGGUCAAAGAGGAACAUUGACAAGCUUAAAAUUUUGUUACUACCACCAGGGAGAGAACUAAAACAUGCAGGAUGCCGGCCCUCGAGGACCGACUUUGGGCACCCCUGCUGUACAGGUAUGAUUAUACAGACGCCUGUGUGGUACGAUUCUCAUCAUCAACAUCAAACUAAUAUACUAAAGAGAGAUGUAUGAGUGUAGUGUUAAACUCCUUAGAGACACUAAAGUGUUUGCGUUUGA